AUGGAUAUUAAUGCUCUUGGAAAAUUUCAUGAAAGCGUUGUUAAAAAGUGUGGAGGAUUGCCCCUAGCAGCAAAGACUCUAGGUGGUCUUUUACACUGUGAGCCGAAAGUUGAUGCAUGGGAGAAUAUAUUAAACAGCAGAAUCUGGGAUUCAGCUAACGGAAAUGACAUCCUUCCCGUGUUAAGGUUAAGCUACCUCCAUCUUCCUCUACAUCUUAAAAGAUGUUUUGCUUAUUCUGCAAUUUUUCCUAAAGAUUAUGAGUUCGAUGAGAAGGAACUUGAGCUUUUGUGGAUGGGAGAAGGCAUUAUUCAACAAUCAAGUAAGCAGCUGAAUUUGGCUAGUGAGUAUUUUCAUCAUCUAUGUUCAAGGUCAUUUUUCCAAAAAUCAAGUAGCAAUAAUUUUAAAUAUGUAAUGCAUGACCUUGUUCAUGAUCUAGCACAAUCAGUUUUUGGAGAAAUCGGCUUUAGAUUUGAGGAAGCCAAUUCUAUGCUACCAAAAAAUUUUGAAAGGACUCGUCAUUUUUAUUAUAUUUCUAAAUAUUAUGAUGGAAAAGGUAUGUUCAAGGACUUGCAAAAAUUGAAAAGUCUAAGAACAUUUUUUCCGGUAUUUAUGAGUGAUAAUUGGUAUGACAAAUGGUACAUAGAUGCUACCAUUAUUUUUAAUUUAUUGCGGCAUUCAAAGAAGUUAAGAGUGCUAUCCCUACAGAGAUACCAAAUCACACGUUUACCAAAUUCAAUUGGAGGCUUGAUACAUCUAAAGUAUCUCAAUUUGUCCAACACUAUGAUCAAAAGUUUGCCCAAGUCAACAAGCUCAUUACUAAAUUUGCAAACUUUGCUACUAAAAGAUUGUUCCCGUCUUUUGAAAUUACCUUCCAAGUUGAGACAUUUGACCAAUCUAUGUCAUCUUGAUAUUAAAGGUGCAAACUCAUUAAAAGGGAUGCCGUCUGGGAUGAAAGAGUUGAUAAACCUCCGAAUAUUGUCAAAUUUUAUUGUGGUCAAAGGGAAAAAUUUCAAUUUGAAUGAUUUGAAGAAUUUAAGAUUUCUUCAAAGAGAGCUUCACAUUUCCAAAUUAGAGAACGUUAGUCAUCAAAACCAGAUAAGAGAGCCCAUACUAAAAGAUAUGAAAGAUUUAGAAGUAUUGUUGUUGGAAUGGGGAUCUCAAUCUGAUGGCUCACCGAAUGAGGAAGUAGAAAGACAUGUUCUUGAGAUGCUAAAACCUCAUAGCAAUUUGAAAGAACUUGUAAUCAAGUGCUAUGGUGGUGCAUGUUUUCCAUCUUGGUUAGGAGAUUUGUCAUCGCUCUCCAAUAUGACCGUCCUUAAAUUAGAAAAUUGUUACAACUGUGGAAGUUUGCCUUCACUCUGGACGAUGAGCUCACUUAAAGACCUCACCAUUGAAGGGAUGAAGAGACUAGUUAAAAUAGAUUUCCAGAUGCCUUUCAAGUCAUUAGAGGUUCUUCGUUUUGAAAAUUUGCAAGAAUGGUGGUUUUGGAACACUAAGAUAGAAAAUGACGAUGUUGAAAUAUUCCCUCUUCUCCGAGAGCUUUCCAUUGUGGAAUGUCCAAAACUUGCUGGAGAAUUACCUAAUAGUCUUCCUUCAUUGGAAAGGCUUUUUAUUCAAAAGUGUUCAGAGUUGAAGGCUUCAAUUUCAAGUGUUCCAUCGCUAUGCAAAAUAGAAAUUAAUGACUGCAAGGAAGUGGUGUGUCGUAGUACUAUAUCUACAGAAUUCCGGUCUUUAAAUCCUAUGGCUCCUUCAAGUACUCCAAAGUUUGGAAAUUGGAUAAAGCAAGGAUUUCAAAAAAUUUCAAAGAUUGUUGGCUGUGAAGAGCUCACAAAUUCGUGGCAAAAUUUGAGUUGUGUUGGUAAGCCACUUCAUGGUAUUCAUAGCCUUACAUCCCUUAAAGAGUUGUCUUUUGUAAACUGUACAAGUCUUGUUUUGUUUCCAGAGAUCGAUUUUCUUCCCAAUCUGAGUUCUUUGACGAUUAGUAAUUGGGAGGCUCUAAAAUCUUUACAUGAAAGACUGAAGCAAAACAAUCUAGAAAAGCUUGUAAUUAAAGACUGUGAUUCUCUAACAGUCUUUGAAGGAGGUAUACUACCUUUAUCUUUGAAAGAACUUGAGAUAGAAAAUUGUAAGCACUUAGAACGCUUGGAGGAUUUGAGUGCUACCCAUUUGGAGUUCUUGCACAUUGGAGAAUGUCAAUCUCUCACGUGCAUAUCAUUAAAUUGUUUUUCACUUGAACAUCUCUCUGUUGUCUCAUGUUCAAAGCUAGAGUCAAUAAUAGAGAUUGAAAAUAGCACGUGUCUGAAAGACAUUUGGUUUUCGAAAUGUGAUAAACUUAAAUUUGUACCUUCAGACCUACACAAUCUUACAUGUCUUCAGAAUAUUUACAUAUGGGGUUGUCCAAAGAUGGAAACAUUUUUCAAAUUUCCAAACUCUCUUCAAGAAUUAGUUAUAAAGGAUAGUCCAAUAUUGUUUGCAGAAGAAGGCGUUCCAACCAGCCUAACAGGACUCUUUGUUUGGGAAGGUGCCAAAAUCUAUAAGUCACUAAUAGAGGGGGCCUUGAAGAAACUCACCUCUCUUAGAGAACUUCAUAUUACUAGAUGUGAAGAUUCAGAGCUGAAUUCUCAAGAGGGCACGGGAACUACCUCCUCUCUAACUUCUCUAUCUAGUUUGGGUCUUCGAAGCCUCACCUCUCUUGAAUCGUUGACUAUCGACAAUUUUCCAAAUCUAAUAAACAUUCAAGACUUGGGCUGCCUCAUCUCUCUUGGUUGUUUGGAAAUUGAGAAUUGUGAAAACCUUGAAUCCAUUCCAGACUUGGGAAGCCUCACCUCUCUUAAAAAUUUGUGUAUUCAAAGAUGCCCCAAGCUCAAGUCCGCUCCAAAUCUGGGAAGCCUCACCUCUCUUAAAUCUCUGUCCAUUUUGAAAUGCCCAAAGCUCAAAUCCUUUCCAGAUCUAGCAAGCCUCACCUCUCUUGGAUGUUUGAGAAUUUCGAAAUGCCCAAAGCUCAAAUCAUUGCAAAGCCUGCCACCCUCACUUCUUUAUCUAAGUAUUUACCAUUGUCCAUUGUUAAAAAGACGGUGGAAAAGGGGUAGAGGAAAAUACUGCUCAAAGAUUGCUAACAUCCCUAGAGUUUGCAUAGAUCGAAAAGUAAUCUUCAAUUCAAAGGAGGAAGACAUGAAAGACAUGGAAGACGACAGCGAAUAA